UGACUUCAUUGACAUGCAACACAACUCUACUAUCCAUCAUACAAGAUUUUAUUGAUCAAAGAAAGCCUGGAUACUACGCCCAUGGAAUGUUGUCACAUGACAGCAGUAAACCUGGUGGACAGUACACACCCAGCAAAUAUACAGAUCCUAGAAAUCACAAAUACAAUGUUGACUCCUUGCACACAGAGACGCCCACUAAUUCACACAAAAAUGGACAGCACUAUGCUGAGGAGUACCAGUCUCUGCUGAUCAGAUCCGAAGCACUGAAAAAUGAGAAAGAUGUUAUUAAAGAGAGUUUGAAAAGUUGCACACAAAAUAUUUCACAACAGAAAAAGCAAAUAGGUAAUAUUGCCAGAGAGGAAGAUAAACUAUUGGAGCAAAUAGCAGCACUUCAAGAAAGACUGGACAGUUUACGAACACACAAGAAAGACUAUGAGCAGAAAAUGAAAAAUCUGAUAGAAACUCAAGAAGAGGAAAACAGUAGACUGAUGUUGGUAGAGGAUACACUGAGAACAAUUCACAACAAUUUGGAAAAGGUCAAGUUGUUGGCAAAUAAUUUCAACGUUCAAGUUGGAAAUCAGUGAUGGUACCAGCAAGAGAAACAUGAUUGAAGCCACUUCAUUAGAAUUGGCUAGAUACAAUACAGCUUUUGUGCAACCUGUCAUAUUUUUUCCAUGUUUCACAUUCAUCAAAUUAAGGUUAUGUAUUUGGCACAUUUGUUUCACCCAUUGUACCAUUCAUUGAUCACAUCAACUUAUUGCAUUUCCAUCUUAACUUCAAACACUAGAGAUCUAAAAGUUCUUAUCAUAAGUUAAUGAACAAA